CUUGUCAAUAAAGUUGAGUGGAAGAGCGGCGGCGCGCUGCCUGCCGGGUAGGUGAGGCGCUGGAGGUCACGGCCCACGUGCCGCCGCCGUCGCCGGGGAGAUGUUCGCCGCGCUGGGGAGAGUGUCCGGACCCGUCCGGGGAGUGCUCAGGCGAGAGCUGCAAACUUUUUGUGCCCGGCGAGCGCUGAGGACCAGUGGUUGCAAGCAGGAUGAUGCCCUGGCAACGCCGCCCCUCGACAACGCUCCCAGGGAGUACUCGCCAAAGAUAAAACAGCUGGUACAGGAGAUAUCGGGUCUGACGCUCCUUGAGAUCUCUGACCUCAACGAUUUGCUAAAGAAAACACUGAAAAUCCAAGAUGUUGGGAUGAUGCCGAUGUCUGGGAUGGUAGCAGCUGCUCCAUCUGCCUCUCAGGAUGUUGAGGAUGAAGCCGUCCCGGCCAAGAAGGAGAAAACCCAAUUCACGGUGAAGCUGGUGGAAUUCAAGGCGGCCGACAAAGUGAAACUGAUCAAGGAAGUGAAGAACUGUAUUUCGGGCCUGAACCUUGUGCAGGCCAAGAAGCUGGUGGAGUCGCUCCCUCAGGAGAUGAAGGCCAACGUCUCAAAGGACGAAGCAGAGAAGUUAAAAGCUGCGCUCGAGGCAGCAGGAGGAACUGUGCAGAUAGAAUAAAUU